AUGGCUCCCAAGGCUAAGACCUCCAAGCCCACCGCUAAGGCCUCGGCCGCGGCUAAGGCUACCCUCAAGGGUGUCAACUCGCACAAGGUCCGCAAGGUCCGCAAGAGCACCACCUUCCACCGCCCGAAGACCCUCCAGCUCUCGCGCGCCCCCAAGUACCCUCGCAAGUCGAUCCCGAGCCAGCCCCGCCUCGAUGCCUCCAAGGUCAUCAUCCACCCGCUCAACACCGAGAGCGCCAUGAAGAAGAUUGAGGAGCACAACACCCUCGUCUUCAUCGUCGACGUCAAGGCGAACAAGCGCCAGAUCAAGGAGGCCCUCAAGAACCUCUACGACAUCGAGACCAUCAAGGUCAACACCCUCAUCCGCCCUGACGGCAAGAAGAAGGCCUUCGCCCGCCUUACUCCCGAUGUCGAUGCUCUCGACAUUGCCGCCACCAAGCUCCAGAUCGUCUAA